AUGUCAGGAAUAGCAACUAAUGAAACUUCCUUCUUUCGUUCUAACUAUGAACAUGUAACUCUGCCUGCUGUUUACACCUUUGUUUUUAUCAUUGGUCUGGGAGCUAACGGAUGGGCAGUGAGGUCCUUGCUUCAGAAAUGGAAAAUUCUUGGACACAUUAAUGUGUUUCUUCUGAACCUUGGAGUUGCUAAUUUUUUGUUCUUGCCAACUCUCCCAUUUUUGUCAGCAUACUAUUUUAUGAGGAAUAAAUGGAUAUUUGGAGAUGCCUUCUGCAAGAUCACAAGAUUCUGCUUCAACUUGAAUUUAUACGGCAGCAUUGGAUUCCUCACCUGUAUAAGUGUGUACAGGUACCUGGCUAUUGUCCAUCCGAUGAGGGUGAUGGGAAAAAUAACCGUCACUCUCUCUGUGGCUAUCUCAGUUUUGGUUUGGCUGUUGGUGAGUGUUCAAAGUCUUCCAGAUAUGUUCUACCCAAAAACCUCUGCAAACAACACUCAUACAAAUAGAACUGAAAAAUGUCACCAUAUCACCUCUACAGAGUAUGUUGAGAAUUACCUGAAAUACAGUGUGGGUUGGACAUUGACUGGGUUUGUUAUGCCACUCCUUAUCUUACUUGGCUGCUAUGGACAUGUGACUCUUGUUCUCUGCCGCAAAAAUACCAUUAAUAAGGUGGUGAAACAAAGAAGCUUAAAGUUGUUGUUCAUUUUGAUCUUGCUCUUCUCAGUUUGUUACAUCCCCUACCAUAUUUUUAAGAACCUCAGUCUUUAUUCAAGAGUUUUGAUAAAAUACAGGAUGCGUCCAAAAUGGGAUAAAGGAGUCUUCUGUGCUCAUCAGAUCAGUCGUGGUCUUGUGUGUCUGAAUAGUGUUUUGAACCCCCUGGUUUACCUCCAUGUCAUGGAUAUUCCUGCUCAGCUCCAACAGCUGCUUCAGCAGUUUCGUCAGACAUUUACUCGUUUGUUUGUGUCAAACUAUGUCAGUGUGCCUGUGGCACAAACUGCAAACAGAGCAAUAUAUUAA